UGUUUACUUGUGUUGUCUCGUGUGGAAAUGCAAAAUGGCCGCCGCUUUUAUAGAGGUAUUUGAUUUAAUGAUAUAUUGUUGUGUUUUUGAAAUGGAAAAGGUUUUUGCCAGUAGUAACAUAGUACAUCUCUUAAAUUACUAUCGAACGCUUAUGUUAAAGGUUGAAGUAGCCAACAAUAAGCAGCUAUUUUAAUAUCUAAACUUGACCCAGAUAAACUAUUAUUAAAGUAAUUAGUGUCUGCGACAUGUUUGCCAAAGAGUGUUUCCAUUUUCGAUCAAAAGACUGUGUGAUAUCAACAUCAAAUUUUGUGUGAGUAAUAUGAUUUUCGCUUAAAGCUUUUCAGGCCAUGUGAGAGGAUACAUUCUUUACCUUCAAUAGGCCUACAUUAAGGCCUAACCCUACCCUAGCCAGCAGAUUCCGAUCCUGUAGUUAUAAUUGUUUACACUGAGUUGCACUGGGGUCGGAAUGCAAUCAUGUGCUGUGUCCGAACACCCGUACUAGUGUACUACAUACUUAGGGUGCAUUUGUAAAUUCACUCUGGAUAUCUACUUCAAUUUCAGAGCGCUCUCGCCUGUGUGCCAGAGCGCAGAAUAACUGAUGAAUUGAACCCGUUGAAUAUGACUGGUGUCAGUAAACGUUGGGGGAAAAGUAAAUUGUUGCAAGCAGCACAGUUAGUCACCAACGCUCUAGACAACAUAAACAGCCUAACUAGCUCUGCUAGGGUGGGUAAAAUGGUCAGUGAGGUAUUCUCUCAUUUGUGUCUGGAAGUAGUUAGCCAACUUUAGCCAGUUAGCUUGGGUGCUUGACUGCCGUUGUGAGCUCAGAAUGCUCGGCUCAACCCUACGCAUCGGCCAAAGAGUGUGCACUUUGAACACUCCGAGAGCGCGAAACUCUAAAUUUACGAACACCCAGAGCCCACUCUGGCACUCCAAAGGGAUAUUACAAACACACCCUUAAACUGCAUAGUAUGUACUCAUUGUUGCAUACUAUUUAUGACGUAAAGUUUAGUAAAAUGUUUGCCACGGCCAUAGCCUACUACUUUGAUAGGGCUUCACAUGUAUAACUGGCUAGCUAGGUUAAAUAUGAAGUUGUCGCUCAACAACAGCAAGCUUAUCAAGUCCUACAAAAGCACUCGGGUAACGUUAGCUACGUUGUUUAGCUAAAGUAAAGGCAUGGCAGGCUGCAAAUAACUUUGUUUUCAGAGAUAUACACGAUUAAAUAGUCGUUAUCAUUUUAACCUUUCUGGCGCAGGCGUUCCGCUAGCGACCCACCUCGACAACAUCCGGUGAAAUUGCUGAGCGCCAAAUUCAAAAUACAGAAAUAGUCAUAAUAAGCAUUCAUAAAAAAUACAAGUGUUAUACAUCGGCUUAAAGAUUAACUUCUUGUUAAUCCAGCCGCUUUGUCAGAUUUCAAAAAGGCUUUACGGCGAAAGCAUACCAUGCGAUUAUCUGAGGAUAGUGCCCCGCUUACAAAAGCAUAAACAUUUUACAACCAAGUAAAGGCAUUACAAAAGUCAGAAAUGGCGAUAAAAUGAAUCACUUACCUUUGAAGAUAUUCAUAUGGUUGCAGUCACAAGAGUCCCAGCUACACAAUAAAUGUUUGUUUUGUUUGAUAAAGUCCCUCUCCCAAAAACUCAGUUUUGUUCAGUAAUCCACCGGCUCAAAGGCGGUCAAAACAUGCAGACAAAUACAUCCUAAUAGUACCGGUAAAGUUUGUCAAAACAUGUAAAACAAUGUUUUAAAAUGAAUCCUCAGGUUGUCAAUUGUCUAAAUAAUCAAUAAUAUUUCAACCGGACAAUAGCGUAUUCAAUAGAAAGGAAAAACAGUGAAGGGCGCAUACUCGGUCAGGCGCGCAAACCAGCUCUGCAUUCUUCUUCAGUCCACUGACACAACGGUCUCAUUCUUCUUAAUUUUUCAGAAAACAAGCCUGAAACAAUGUCUAAAGACUGUUGACAUCUAGUGGAAGCCAUAGGAACGGCAAUCUGUGUCCUAACCCAUUAGAUACUCUAUAGGCAUCCAUUUCCUGGAUGAAUUUCUCAGGUUUUCAUCUGCCAUAUCAGUUCUGUUAUACUCAGACAUUAUUUUAACAGUUUUGGAAACUUUAGAGUGUUUUCUAUCCAAAUCUAACAAUUAUAUGCAUAUCCUAGCUUCUGGGCCUGAGUAACAGGCACGCUUCUCAUCCAGACGUCGAAAUACUGCCCCCAAGCCAUAAGAAGUUUUAAGGACAAAACGACUUACAUUUGAACACGGCAGGAGACUCAUUGCUCAUCUUCUUUGCCAUCUUCAAUUCGUUUUUUUGUUUACUUUCAAAGAACUCUCAAAUCUUGAAGCCCUCCUUUUAUCCAGUUUGAAUACAUUGGUGUGAAAUUCCAAAAAUGUUGACAUUUCCUUCAUACUAAAAGCAUACUACAUUUUCAAAAUGUCACACACAAAAAAUUGUACUGAAACGGCCUACUAUUUAGGACGCUAGUAUGGGUAUUCGGACACGGCCAUGGUUAAAUUAAGACACUGGAGGUGACGUGAGACGUGGGUCGGAAAACGUAUCUCAAUUAGAGGUCGACCGAUUAUGAUUUUUUUCAACGCCGAUACCGAUACCAAAAAAAGCCGAUAUCGAUUAAUCGGACAAUUUUUAUACAUGUAUUUUUAUAUAUAUUUGUAAUAAUGCCAAUUACAACAAUACAAAAUGAACACUAAUUUUAAUAUAAUGCAUAAAUAAAAAUCAAUUUAGUCUCAAAUAAAUAAUGAAACAUGUUCAAUUUGGUUUAAAUAAUGCCAAAACACAAUGUUGAAGAAGAAAGUAAAAGUGCAAUAUGUUCCAUGUAAAAAAGCUAACGUUUAUGUUCCUUGCUCAGAACAUGAGAACAUAUGAAAGCUGGUGGUUCCUUUUAACAUGAGUCUUCAAUAUUCCCAGUUAAGAUGUUUUAGGUUGUAGUUAUUAUAGGAAUUAUAGGACUAUUUCUCUCUCUACCAUUUGUAUUUCAUAUACCUUUUGACUAUUAGAUGUUCUUAUAGGCACUAUAGUAUUGCCAGCCUCCGGAGUGGAUAGGCUUGAAGUCAUAAACAGCGCUGUGCUUCAAGCAUUGCUAAGAGCUGCUGGCAAAUGCAGGAAAGUGCUGUUUGAAUGAAUGCUUACGAGCCUGCUGCCCGACUACCACUGCUGAAUCAGACUGCUCUAUCAAAUCAUAGACUUAAUUAUAAUAUAAUAAACACACAGAAAUGUGAGCCUUAGGUCAUUAAUAUGGUCAAAUCUGGAAACUAUCAUUUUGAAAACAAAACGUUUAUUCUUUCAGUGAAAUACGGAACUGUUCUGUAUUUUAUCGAAUGGGUGGCAUCCAUAAGUCUAAAUAUCGCUGUUACAUUGCACAAUCUUCAAUGUUAGGUCAUAAUUACUGUAAUUUCCGGACUAUAAGCCGCUACUUUUUUCCCACGCUAUGAACCUUGCGCUUUAUACAAUGACGCGGCUAAUUUAUGGAUUUUUCCCGCUUUCACAAAUUCAUGCUGCCAAAAAACUGAGGACCGUCACAUAAUGUGAAGUAAAUCGAGCGCGCUCAAACUUUCCAUCAUUCUGAUUACGGUAGUCAUUUUGUCACCCUCAUCAUGGCAAAGACACGGAGAAAUGCAUAUGAUGCAGCUUUCAAUUUGAAGGCGAUCGAUCUGGCUGUUUGAAAAGGAAAUAGAGCUUCUGCACGGGAGCUUGGCCUUAAUGAGUCGAUGAUAAGACGUUGGAAACAGCAGCGUGAGAAACUGACUUAGUGCAAAAAGACAUCAAAAGCUUUCAGAGGAAAAAAAAGCAGAUGGCCCGAACUAGAAAAUGGAUUGGAUGACAAGUGGGGAGAAAUCCUUCACUAAGACGGGCCGCAUGCGAAGAGCGACUUAUGGUCAAGUCUGCCAGUGGGUCCUGACAGCGUGGAGCUGCUGCGUAUUGAAGAGGGCAGCAUAAGCUCAGCGGGGAAUUUGCCUCCGGAUGAAAGUGAGGAGAGCACAAUGAAAACGAUCCAACAUCGGAUGAAGCAAUUCUGAGGCUAUUCAACUCCGACACCAAAGGAGAUGACUUCAGUGGUUUCAGUGCACAGGAGGAAGAUAGUGACCAAGGACUUUCUUGGAUGCUGAAUGAAAACAUGGAAGGACAGAUGUAAGAGGGCGUUCUGCUCUCGAAAAGGACUGUGACAAGUUCAUGGCUGCAAACAAGAAGGAGAGAAUAAUGGUUCUUCAUGAGGAGGGGGCUGCUGCCCCCAUAGCACUGCCCUCGGCUGCCUCUCCCCCCGACCUCUUUGGUGUCCUAAACAUAGGGCAAGCAAGUGCAGUUGUAGCCAAUGAAGAAGCAAACAUUCCAGCAACAUCCACUCCAGGUUCUGAAAUGGGUACUGGUCAAAUGGCUUCUACAUUGAACUCUGCUGCCAGGUCUAAUAACCAACCAGAGAAUUUACCACCAGAGAGCACCUACAGCGGUAUCAAGGUGAUGUUAGAGAAUAACAACAUGUGGAAUGAGUUUUUCAAAUGCAAAACCGAAAUGAUAAUAACCAAACAGGGCCGGAGGAUGUUCCCUUAUUGCCGCUUUCGCAUCUCUGGUUUGGAGCCCUUCCAGAAGUACACUCUGCUCAUGGAUAUCAACCCUGUGGACAACAAACGUUACAAGUGGACUGGGCAAGACUGGCAAAUGAGUGGAAAGGCAGAGGCCCAUUUGCUGAGACGGGUUUUCAUCCAUCCAGACUCUCCAUCUUCUGGUCACCAAUGGAUGCAGAACCCAGUGUCAUUCUACAAGCUUAAGCUCACUGACAACACGAUGGACCAGGAGGGCAAUGUAAUUUUGCACCCAAUGCACCGCUACUUACCACACCUGCAUUUGGUCUCAGUUGAAACGGCUACAGAGGAUAUUCAGCUCAAUGGGCCUGACGUGAUAACCUUCACCUUUCCCCAGACUGAAUUCUUUGCUGUAACAGCCUUCCAGAAUGUACGCAUGUCUCAGUUUAAAGCAGACUUUAACCCUUUUGCAAGUGGACCCAACUCCCAGGCUCUAAAGCUGGAAAUGAGUCCCUCCAAUGAGUUGAAGAAGGAUGAAACCAGAUCUCCCAUUGAACUCAAGCCUGUGAAAGGCUUGAAUGGACUGAAAUCUUUGAUGGUGGCAAAACGCAGAUCUAAAGACACUUCAACAGUAGAUAAAGGACUCCUGAGCCCUGAUGCUCAAAAUGUUUCCCUUGCAGAUGGUGACAAAACUGAGGUCAAAACUGAUAGACCCAGCUCCAGGCUGAAAUCAAGUCCCUCCAAUGAGAUUAAUAAAGACUCAGCCCAAUCUCCCAAUGAGCUCAAGUCUGCGAAAAGCCUGAAUAAUCUUAAAUCUUUGAUGGGGAAACGCACUUCCAAAGAUACUUCAGCAGGAGUCCAAGGACUUCUCGCUUCCGAUGCCCAAAAUGUUAUGCUUGCAGACAGUGAUAAGUCCGGAGUCCAAACAAGUCCCUCCAAUAAGUCAAAAAAAGACAAAAACAGUUCUACCAAUGACCUCAAGCCUGUAAAAAGCCUGAAUAACCUGAAGUCUUUGAUGGCAAAACACAACUCUAAAGGCACAUCCGCAGUAGAUCAGAGAGUCCUCAGUGAAGAUGCUCAAAAUGUUACACCUGUAGAGAGAGACAAAUCUGGAGUCAACGCUAAUGGACCCAGUUUAAGCACUCCAAAGCUGAACUCAAGAUCCUCCAAUGAGUUGAAAAAAGCAGAAACCACAUCUCCGAAGGAAUUCAACACUCUUAGAAGUAAUCUGUCUUUGAUGUCAAAAUGCAAUUCUAAAGACACUUCAGCAGUAGGUCAAGGACUCCUGAACUCAGAUGCUCAAAAUGUUACACUUGCAGACAGUGAAAAGUCAGGAGUCAAAAUGGAUAAACCCAGCUCCUGCAAGAAUUCAAGUCCCUCCAAGGAGACGAUGAAAGUUGAAACAAUAUCUCCCAAGGUGUGCAAGUAUGUGAAAAAUUCCCGAAAGUCUUUGCGUAGAAAAUGCAACUCCCAAAAGACUUCAGCAGCAGAUCAUGGACAAAAGUCAGUCAGAAACACGGAGUCCACUGAAUACUAUUAUUGCACAACAGGUCCUCCCCAAAGUAACUUCCCUGGGCUGAUUCGGGAGUGUCAUCUGAAAAUACGAAGGUGCAAUGUUGAGAGAACCAAUACAACUUGUAGUGUUGAGCAAACAAAUACUAAGGGCAUGGUUGCCAAUGGCAAAGUUGUGGAAGUAGCUGUGAAUGACAAUUUUUCCCAGAUUUCUGAACCUGAAGCCUUGUCCGGUAAGAUUAUUGAAAAGGUGGGAACACUGCACAAUGGGAAUGUGAUUGGCAGUGACAAGGACCUCUUCAAUUCAUCUCAGUCCCAGGAACCGGUCAAGACCCGUGUGUCAAUCAAUGACCGGUCAGCAAAUGAAGUUGAAAACAGUCAAAAGGCUUCCCAGAGCUCCUCAGUGAGCUCUGAAGCAAAAAUGACAGGUUUUGAUGAACAGCUGCAGGGGAAGGCUAAACCACACAAACGACCUGAACCUGUGCCUUUGCCCCUUCUUGCACUCUACCUUCAACAGUUGAAGUCAAAAUCCACAUCUGUUAGGACCAAAUCAAAAUCUCCUCCAGUAUUGUCUUCAUCCCCAUCUUCUGCCGUUCCAACCACCGAUCCUGUUAUUCCAGCUACCGAUCCUGUUAUUCCAGCCACCGAUCAAACUGGCCCUGCCAUGGACUCAACUGGCCCUGCCAUGGACUCAACUGGCCCUGCCUUGGAAUCUACUGGCCCUGCCUUGGAAUCUACUGGCCCAGCCUUGGAAUCUACUGGCCCAGCCUUGGAACCUACUGGCCCAGCCUUGGAAUCUACUGGCCCAACCUUGGAAUCUACUGGUCCAGCCUUGGAAUCUACUGGUUAUGCUGUAGUUCCAGCCAGUGGUCCUGCUGAUCCAGCUGUCAAUCACAUUGUUUCAGUCAUUGCCCCCACUGGGCCAACCACAGACUAUGCUGGUCUAUCCACGGAUAUUUCAGUCCCAAACACAGAUUUUUUGGUUCCUGCCACAGACUCAUUGUUACCAGAACCUGGCUCAGUUUUACCAACCACUGGUCAUGCGUUUCUUGUCCCUAAGCCUAUCAUAUCCAUUGCACUAUCAUCCCCCACCCCUUGUUUGCCAGCAACUGUCUUAUCACCAUUCCCUGACCCAUUGUUACCAGCCCCUUCCUUGUCAUCCCCAGCCCAAGAAUUGCCACCCCCUGUACCUGUCACAUUAAACCUAGUGACUGAUUUAUCAUCACUUACCUCUGACCCUCCCUCAACUGCUCCAGCACUGUCAUCAACACCUAGUCUUGCCAACUUGGAACCUGAAUCUACCCCCUCGUUACCAUCCCCUGGUCCUUCGCGAGGUGGCUUUGAGCCAUCCUCACCUGCAUCAUUACCAGAUCUUGAACCCCCUUUACGUUCCCCUGUUACAUUGAAACCGGAAGCCGCCUUCCCCUCCUUACCUGUACAUGCCUCCUCAUUCCCAGCCCUUGAACGAUUACUGCCCCCUACUAACCCUUUUGUUCCAUCCUCUGAAUUAUCAUCACAUGGAUUACUUUUAGGCCUACCUGCCCCUGAUCCUUUUUUAACAAUACCCUUUAUUCCAUUGUUGCCUUCCGCUCACCUUAACCCAUUACCCUUUGAGGCAACCUCAUUUUCCUCAACCUCUCACCCUGGCUCACUUGCUCUGCACACUGCCUUAUCCCCAUCUCCCUCGGACACUGCCUCAUCAUUCCAAGUCAAUUAUGAACCAUUAACACACCCGUCUACACUCCCAUUCCAGUUAUCUCCCUUUUCAUCGUUAGGUCCUAACCCAUUGUCACCAACCCCAUCACGGGCCGACCUCACUAACUUUUUCUCCAUCGCCGAAGAGCUUGAGAAAACUGAAGACUUUUCCAGCAGUGAGGCACCUCCUGUCCCAAGUACCCCUAGCAUACCAGUUAGUUCUACUUUAGCGAUUGGUUCUAGUCAGCCAACCCAGAGAAAUAAACCCUGGAGAUCUAGGAAAGGAGUGAAAUCUGCCAAGGGUGAUUCACUCCCAGUGAUUGAUGGAUCCACAGAUGUCGCCAUGCAGUCCAACCUGGAGGAAGUUGAGGAGCAGCUGUUCGUCUCUUUCACCUCCAAGGAAGCACUUGAAGUCCACCUGGGAGAGCCUGCACUUUGUGAGACGACGACUGCGCAACCUCAGAAACCCACAGAGGCGACAGAGAAUGUUGGAGGACUAGAAACCACAGAGGAAAGAAUAGUCGCUUUCGAGAAGUUUCUUUUGGGUGACCUAAAGGUUAUGAGGCAUCGGCAGGUCAUUCAUCCUUUGUUGCAAGAAGUUGGACUGAAGAUGAGUUUACUGGAUCCCACUCUGGUCAUUGACCUGCAGUACCUAGGGGUUCGUCUACCUCUACCCUUUUUAUGUCCAGAACCAAACUCUCCAGGGUUGGCAUCUUCUCCAAGUGGUUCAGUCCCCUUUGUUUCCAGGACAGGCAAGACCACAGACUUCACCCAAAUCAAAGGCUGGAGAGAUAAGUUUGUCCCCUCGGACUUGCCAUCAUCCUCCAAGCCUGAAGGUUGCCCAAGUUCAGAUGUGGUCCCAAAGAACUUGUCGGCCUUCUGCAGUGACAUGUUGGAUGAGUACCUGGCUAACGAAGGUAAACUCAUUGACGAGCGCGCUGCCAGUUUCACCCAGACCACCGUCGUCACCCCUGUGGUCUACCAGCUUCCCACCAAGAGCACCAGCUACGUCCGAACCCUAGACAGUGUGCUGAAGAAACAGGCACCGGCACUUUCUUCCACCUUUGUCCCCCCAUCCAAAAAACCCAGACUGCCCCUCACAUCCAAAGGACUUAAAACAUCGGAGAAAGGGCAACAAAAACAACUAUGUUCAAAGCAGAACAAAAAUAAACCAACCUCUGCACUAACCCCAACACCAUUGCCCACUGAGCCACCACCACUGUUGAUGGAUCAUUGCGCCCCCAUCACCCAUGAUAACACAAUUGAAACUAUAAAAAGGAGACAGAGGAAGCCAAGGGUCAAGACUCCUCCACCAGCCCAUGACGCUCCUGUGUCCAGGCCAGAGGUAGAAGAGCCACCUCCCGCUGACCUGGCUCCUGUGGAAGAGGAUGACUCGGACCCAGAGCCACAGCCUGCUGCCGAGACCAAGGUUGUGGUUCCUGGGCUGACCAAGGCCCUGCUCCGACAGAGGGAUUUGGAGGACAGGGUUGUCUGGGAGGGCAAGCAUCGGACCUGCAUCACAGACAAGAGGGCGACGGUCGGCCUCACCUCCCUCUUCACCUCAACGGGCUUUGUUUGUGAGAACCCUACAGCUCCUAUUAGGAUCAUAAAGCGCAGGGCUCCACCCUGCCUCAAUGCGUUCUGUCGAUUGGGCUGUGUAUGUGCCAGCCUGGCACAGGACCGUCGUAUUACCCACUGUGGAAAGAUUGAGUGCAUCUUUGGCUGCAGCUGCCUCAGGCAGAAGGUGGUCGUCCUCAAGAACUUAAAAGGACCAGAUUCCAAUGCGUCAGAGGAGGGCCUGUCCAAGAAGCGGGGGAGAAAGUGGAAGAGGAUGAGGAUGGCAUAUACUCUCAGGGAGGCUGAGACGGUAUCAGAACCUGCUCCGCGUGUGAGAAUGUUGUGGAAGCAGAUGGAUGGAGAGACGGACCCGGAGCCCCUCCGCGCCCCAAAACCGGUCUACCUACCACAUCUUCCACUACAGGAAGAACCUUCAGUGGUGUAUUUUUCUCAGGUGAGCGAGGAAGGAGGGACCAUGACAUGUGCCAGAGUGCGUGCGUUUCAAAGCAAGAGCACAAACCGACCUGAGGUCAUUGACGACCACUGCAAACCAAUAGACUCUGCACCAGUGAACCCUUCCAGUAUGUCAGAGAAGUCGUUGUCCUGCCAUGGUCCCAAGUACACGCAGCCCUCCAAGCGUCUGGAGAUCUUGUCUAAGUGUAAGUGGAGGAGCCUGGCGGACAGGAACCUGGUGCUGAGAAUUGUGUGUGAGCACAUGGCCAAGGACCACCUCAACAACCCCUUCUGGGUCAAAGGUUACCUCAUAAAACCCGUGUCUCAGACCCUGAGAAAUGAUGGCGAAAGCUGCUCCGUCCACUACAAGGUACUCGUCUCUCAGGUCCCGAAACCAAACGGAGUGGAGGAGGAGAAUGGUGAGGAGGAAGAGGUAUGGAUGGGAGAGGAAGAUGAAGAAGAACUAAUGGAAGAGCAGAGAGAGGAGGAUAAAAAAUUGGAGGAAGUACCUGUCGUGGAGGAGGUACCUGUCGUGGAGGAGGUACCUGUCGUGGAGGAGGUACCUGUCGUGGAGGAGGUACCUGUCGUGGAGGAGGUACCUGUCGUGGAGGAGGUACCUGUCGUGGAGGAGGUACCUGUCGUGGAGGGGGUACCUGUCGUGGAGGAGGUACCUGUCGUGGAGGAAGUGGACAACAAGGCUGUGGGGCGUAGAAAGGAUCUGAAAUGGCAGGGCCUGCCUUUCUUAACAGGAAUUUCUCCUUCUGGCCUCCUUACUGGCAACCUUAAGCUGCUAGAAAUCUCAGACCAGGAACUUAUCACGGUGAAUGGCAGGUCCUACCCCCAUGCCAAGAUACAACUGGGCAUGAUGGGAGCCAUGCACCCAGCCAACCUUCUUGCUGCUUACCUCACGGGCAAGUUACGAAGACCUGCCUGUCUAAAACGGUCUAUGGUGGCCUCCUCCUCCGUCCCAUCACAAAAACACCCCUCAGAAACUCCUAAAGGUGCCACAGAUACAAAGUACUCUACAGGACAACCAGCCCAACUGGCAGCCACUUCUACCACCAUGGUUACCACAAGUGUUCCCUCUACCACUCCAGUUGCUGCUGGCCCCAAGUUAAUUGUGGUAGUGAACCCAGGUGCCAGUCUCUCUCAGGGGGCUCAGAUGGCGCAGAACACCGUGACUGCUGCUGAGCUGAUUGCCACCGUGGUCUACCCAACCAAAAUACCUAAUGGGAGGGGUGGCGCCGCAGCCUUGUUAUCUGCAGUGUCUGUUAGCUCCAAGGCCCCUUCAGCACCAAGACAUUCCACAGACCCCCCUCUCGCGCCGGGUCAGAGAAUGGUGCUGCAGCCGGUAAGGAACACCUCAGGGAACACCCUAUACCGGAACCCCAACGGACAGCUGUUCCAGCUGGUUGCCCUCAGCGAGCUGCAGGCCCUUAACCCCAACCUUGUCAUGCACAACAAGGGUGGGAUGAUCAGUUUAACCAUGCCUGCGUGCUUGACCACCACGAACAGCUCCACCUCCUCUCUCACCACAUGGCAGAGCAAGGGCCCUGGUAGCUGUGCUUCCACCGUCAGUACUGUCCCCCUUGUCACUUUCCCAAAGACCCAAACUGCAUCCAGCACCACUAUCACCACCCCAUGUUACGUUAGUCUCUCACCCACCGUGACAAAUGGCGGGACAUACACCUUGGAGAUUGUUCCUCAGACAGUCAACAAGGAGCCCAUCAUCAUCAAGUGUCUGACGGUGCCAGCUCAGGGCUCCUCCAAGGUGAUGCCUGUAGUAGGGGGUGUUACUGUGCUGCAGCCUCACCCGGAAACCACAGUAAUUACUGUCAAAUCCCCAACAAAGAUGGUUACGAACACAGGUGUCAAAGCUGACAAUAUCUCCACAGUGACCUCCAAUGUAGACUCUAAUGUAGUCUCUGAGGUGUAUAGUUGGAUGCAGCCUUGCCAGAAAACCAAAACGCCUCCUAAAUCCACAAAACCCCCUAAAGGACCCCAGUUUAAAUUUAUAAAAGCUGAUGCUAUCUCCCCAGCGGACUGCAAUUUAGAACCUAAUAUCCAGCCUGAGGUGUUUGGAGUGCUGCAGCCUCCCCCUCAACCCCUCAACCCCCCUAUAACCCAGGUCACAAAGACAGGGAUCAAAGAUAACACCAUCUCCACAGCAGACUCCAAUCUCCUUUCUAAGAUGGUUCAUGUUGAUGACCCCUACCAGACAUGGACAGGAAGACCGAAGAGGAAGGAGGUGGAGGACCUGGUGGAGGAUGAGUACGAUUUGGAUGAGAAGAUGGACAACUCAUCUGACGAGACAGAUUCUGACGAUUCAAGUGUUAAUAAAGAGGAGCUCAUCGACGUCAUCAGUAAGCAGCUGAAGCACAACGUGGAGGAGAGGUAUCGCCGUUUUGAGCUCCAUGGGUGCUUCCAGCGGCUGAGAGAGACACUGAAACUUGCCCAAAAAGCUGCAAAAGUGUAUAUCCUUAAAGAAGCAACAGAGGAGAUCCAAAUCCUGACUAAGAAAAGUACCGACGUGGAGAAGCUAAGGAGUUCACUGACCCUGGAGAGAGCAGCUUAUGUCAAGAAGAUGUCCCAGUUAACUGGUAAUAAUGGACACUGCUGUAACAUUUCAACAUUCAACCAACAUUCAACCAACAUCUUUCCAUCCACAGGAGAGUCUGAGAAGCAGAUCCUGAGGAACAUCCAGUAUGUUUGUUCCCAGCAGAAGAGUGAGGAGCUACUCGUCAACAGGAAUAUGCAAGGAGUUCCCAAAGUCUCCUCUGCUGUCUCGUCCUCUUCAGCUGUCUUGACCUGCAGUGAGGCCAGGUCGAGACCAAGACCAAGGCACAUGGGAGGAGUGACAGCAGAAAAGGAGAAGGAGGACAGGGAGGAGGUGAUGGAGGUGGUAGACCUUCUGGAGGACACAGAGGAGGACAGGGAAGCGGUGAUGGAGGUGGUGGACCUUUUGGAGGACACGGAGGAGGAGAAAACGGACAACUCCUCGGAUGAGACAGAGGAUUCUGCCAAUGAUGACGACAACAAUGUUGAAGGGGACGUCAUUAACAUCAGUGAUGUUGAAGAAAGUGCGGUAGAGGAGGAGGCUGUAGACAUUGAGAGUGUGGAAGACAAUGCACAGAAGAGCACCACUUCACAACUGAAGGCAAAAUACGCUAAAGAAGUGGAAGGAGAAAUGGGACCCAAAUUAAGAGACCGAAAACAAGUCUUUGACCUGAGAGACAAAUGCGAGCGCCUUGAAAAACUGAAGAGCGGGCUGACCAGGGAGAGAGCUGGUGAUAUUAAGAAAAUCUCAAAGAAAUCUGGAAAGACAGAGGAGCUCAUCAUCAGGAAACCGCAGGACAUCUCGACCAAACAGAAGGACAUGGACAUGGUGUUCAAAAGGAAGUGGAGAGGGCCGUCCUCAAAAGCGUCCUCAUCGGUCUCACCCAAUAAAACAAUUUCACUCAGGAGCACUCGACAGCCUGAGCCAAAGUCCCUGGCACCCGGCCUCAAGUUAAAGGUCGUAGCCACCCCAGUCCCCCACUCUAUCCCCCAAAAGCCUGCACCCCAACGACCCAAGACAAGGCCCAUCAUCACACCACCUUCCAGUAAACACCCCUCAAUGUGGCGUUCGCCGGGUGAAAGGACCAGACCGAACAUCCUGUCUCGCAGAAAAAUACAGACUGCCCCAGAUUCCCCACCAGUUCAUGCUGGGUUUCUCCCUCAAAUGCUGUCUAUAGUGGGUGGAGUGAUCACAUCUCAGCAGGUGAUCGCCAUGCAGUCUGCCCGUUCUAUGCUGCCGGUAGGACGCGUCACUGGAAUCGAAAUGCAACAAUCUCAAACACCAGGUGUCGCUUCGGUCACCAUCAUUAUCCCCUCAAUGUCCAAACCUGACGUCUCUCCUCAACGAGAUCUUCAUCCUCAACCAGCAGAUUACCACAGAUAACAACAGCAGCCCCUGAGGUCCUCCAGUGGUCUCCCGCAUACCACACACCGAGCCUGGGCAGAUGGGGACUGUGAGGGUACCCACACCUCCGACAGACAGGGUGCUACCACCACCAAAGACAGAGAAGGCGAUCAUCGGAGAUGGAGAUGACGAGCGCUGCCUCAGCCCCUUGUUCCUGAGACUGGAUGAGGACAAGGGCCAGGAAGAGACUUUCAAAGGCCCAGUUCUGCCAGUACCACAGGCAGAAGACCUUAAAGUUGGUUUUGGAUCUAACCUGAAACCAUCAGAGACUGCUUCUGUUUCUGCUCCUGCUGUCAAUGGGCACAGCCAACAAGCAAAAACAUGCACUACAAAAGUUCAAGAUGUACUGCAAAAAGCACUGACCCCGCCACUGCUGCUGCAGAUGAAAGUUGGAGGAGUGGCCAGGGUGUUGGAGGAGUGGCCAUCUCCUCAAUACCCCCAUUCACAUAGGCCGUAUUUUUGUUUUGUUUUAGAAGCGAUACUACCUAACGGGGCAUAUCGGAAAGACUGACAUAACUCCUGUCAGAACAGUGCAUUUUUUUCUGUUCAAAUCUCUGUUAUCUACACCUGUAUUCAUGAAGUGUCUCAGAAUAAGAGUACAGAUCUAGAAUCUGUUUAACCUUUUAGAUCAUAACGAAUAAGCUCACAUGGAUCUGAUCCUAGAUCAACGCAUCUCUAAGACACUAUAAAUACAGGCCCUGAAUUGUUGCUUUUCUUUCCCUCAUUUUAAAGAGGAGAUGCAAUGAAUAUUGUAUAAUAAGCUGCCAGGACCUUGGUACAUUUAAGGGUGUCUAGUAUGUUCUGCCUUUAAGGGUUACACACAUCACACCGAAUGUAGAUCUCCUGUCGUUUACCGCUUGUUGUUCAGCGAGCUGUUGACGUCUUCGCGCACGUUUUUAUAUGUAAAACCGGUUUGCACUCGGUUCACAAGUACUCUCAGCAGACAAACGCUAUUGGUGUGUUCGAGCCCUUAGAGUAUAUUUUAUGUUCUAUCAGAGCAAGAGGAUUUGUAGACAGACAUCUGAUGGUAUGGAUGCCAGUUCUGUUCAUAGUACUGUUGUGUGUAUAGGGCCUCUGAAAAAAUCCUGUCUCCAUAUUGGAGUGGGAGAUCUCUGUUUCUUCAUGUUUGUAGUUACUUCACCUUUUAAGGAACAUUUAAUCUGUAAUUAUAAUUUUUUUUGUAUGGCACACAGUGUAGAAAACAAACUACUAACCGCUCAGUUUGCAGUGCAGACAACAAAUCUCAACAGAGAAAACCCUUGAUAAAUGUGAUCAUAAUAGGUCCCUAUAGGAUGGACAGGUCAUUGAAUCAGCAGCGCUUGUGACUUUUUUCUAAGAGCAGCUUCACUUCAGUGAUGUAUGUAAUAAUUAGACCCUGACAUUCACUAUAAUAUUAGUAGAAAUGACUAUGCAAGUGUCCCAAAUGGCACCUGAUUUCCUAUAUAUCCUAUAUAGUACUAUGUAGGGAAUAGGGUGCCAUUUGAGAGAAUUUGUGUAUUUGAGGGAAAUGAAAGCUGUCGUUGCUGUAAUAAUUUUUAUGCUGCUAAAAGGUAAAGCUUGCAGAAUUAAAAGCCAGCCAUCUCGUUAAACUGCAUCAAGACGUGUUGGUUAGAACCAUAUAGUGUAGAUUGAAUUUCUGUAAAAAUAUAAACUCCAUUUUUUUUUUUUUUAUAAUAGGCCAUGUAAAUAAUUACGCUUUUCCACUUUGAGAACGAUGGUUGUUUUUUUGUAAAGAUAUUUCUCAUGUUUUUAUAUGGGGUCAAUAACUGUUACGUUUAGGAUGUUGACGUAAGAGAAAGGAAGAUACCUUGAAAUAAAAUAUAAUAAUGAA